AUGGGUUCAUUGAUCUCUGACAAGUCGGUUCCAAAUUCUUCUGGUCAAUCCGGUUCUGAUAACUCAUCGGAUGAUACAAUUGAUCAUAAUCAUCCUCUUUACAUUCAUCCAUCGGAUAAUUUGGGGCUUUCACUAGUAGGUACCAUUUUUGAUGGGACUGGGUAUAGCGAUUGGCGUAGGAGCAUGCUUAUUGCUCUCUCUGUGAAGAACAAAGUGUACUUCAUUCAACCUGAUUGUGUGAGACCUCCUCCAAAUUCCCCUAUUUUUCGUCAAUGGGAUAGGUGUAAUAACAUCGUGAUUUCAUGGAUUCACAAUCUUCUCACUCCAGUUAUUCGUAAGAGUGUUCUGUAUUGUCAACUUGCCAAGGAUGUGUGGAUGGAACUGGAAGAUAGAUAUGGACAACCGAGUGGAAUUGGGGUUUAUCAAGUCAAAAAGGAGCUUGCUUCUAUUGCUCAGGGUUCUAUGAACAUUCCUAAAUAUUAUGCAAGGAUGAAGAGUGUUUGGGACGAGCUUAGUACUUUGAAUGUUUACUCUGAUUCUCAUUGCACUUGUGGGGGUGGCAAGCUAGACAUUCAAAAACGUGAAGAGGACCAGAAAUUGUACCAAUUUUUAAUGGGCCUGAAAGAAGGUUAUGCUAAUGCCAGAAGCAAUUUACUUAUAAUGAGUCAUUUCCCUACGAUCAACAAAGCUUAUUCUCUUCUGGUCACUGAUGAAAGACAAAGAGAAAUUCAGCCCUCUUCUUCUCAAUUUAGCUCAGAGUCUGCUUUCUUCUCAGCGGGGUCUCAAAGAUCUUUUCAAAAGCCCUUUCAGAAGAAUUUCCAGCCUAAAACCAGUUUUGAUCCGAGGAGGCCUAGUGUUGUGUGUAACUAUUGCAAUAAACCUGGUCAUACAGUGGAGAGAUGUUAUAAGAAGCAUGGCUUUCCCCCGAAUUUUCAGUUCACUAGGAAUAAUCGAAGGACUGCUGCAAAUGUUCAAACUGAAUUGGAGCCUCCUAAACAAUUUGCUAAUCCUGAACCUAAGCCAUUCAAUGAGACACGACCUAUCAAUGCUGGAGAUAAUUCGACUAUUCCAGGGUUGACAAAUGAGCGGUGUAGCCAGCUUCUCACACUACUUCAACAACAUCAUGUGUCUGAUCCUAACUCUACUUCUCACCUUAUUGCUUCUGCCAAUUUUGCAGUAACCUUGCCUAAUGGAUACAAAGUCAAAGUAACUUGUGUGAGAGAGUUAACCUUGUCAAAUAAUACUACUCUGUCUCAUGGCCUUUCCAUGAAGAGGCCUCUGGAGUUUGGUAAAUCACAGCAUGGACUUUACAUCUUGCAAUUGCCACCUACCAAUUCAUCAUGUUCAUCUUCUGUUGUUAGCCAUCCUUCUGCUUUUACUUGCUCUCAUAGUUCUACUUUACCUGAUCUUGGUAAGAACAAUGUUGAGUGUUAUGUCACUUCUGUUCCAUUUGUAAAUAUUUCUCCAAUGAAUAAAAUGAACACUCUUUGGCAUAGUAGAUUGGGACAUAUACCUUUUGUUCAUUUAAGGUCUAUUCCUUCUAUUUCUUCUAUACUUUCUGGUAAACAAGAUUUUGUUUGUAAUAUUUGUCCAGUGGCAAGGGAUAAAUUCAGUAGCAGGUGCAUCCCUGCAGUCUUCAUGGGGUACCCUUUUGGAAAGAAAGGCUACAAACUUCUUAACCUUGAAACUGGAGUAUUUUUCAUUUCUAGGGAUGUUAUAUUUCAUGAAUCAAUGUUUCCUUUUGCUGUAAAUUUUUCUGUUGGUUCUUCUUCCACUUCUUCUCCUACAAAUUUUGUCUAUGACUUUACUGUUCCUUCUUCUCCUUCUUCUUCUACUUCACCAUUGCCUUCUCCCAUUCAUGUUCCUCCUGAACCUUCUUCUCCAGUAUCUGCAUCUCCUUCUAAUGAACCUGCCAAUGUCUCUUCCUCAUCUUCCCCUUCUGCCGUGACUUCUAGUCCCCCUUCUUUUGUCAAUUCACCUCCUGUUAGUUCACAUCAUAUUAUUCCUGCUUCAACUUCUGAGGGUUUGAGAAAAUCCACCGGAACCCAUGUUUCUCCUUCCUACCUCAAUGACUAUAUUUGUUCUUCUGUCUCUGCAUCUUUUCCCCAAGGCCCUGGGUCCAGUUCUACCUCUAAUCAGCCUAAGACACAAACAGUACUUUAUGAGCCUUACACCUAUUCUCAGGCUGCUUUGGUGCCUGAGUGGCAAGAGGCCAUUGGGAGUAAGUGGGUAUAUAAGAUUAAGUUUAGAGCUGAUGGUUCCAUAGAACGAUAUAAGGCUAGACUAGUAGUCAGAGGUGAUAUUCAGACUGUCGGGGUUGAUUACAAUGAAACUUUCUCCCCUGUGGUCAAAAUGACCACUGUUAAAUGUCUCAUUGCCUUGGCUGUUAAGAAACAAUGGCCACUUUUUCAGCUAGACGUAAACAAUGCCUUCCUUCAUGGGGAUUUGGACGAGGAAGUCUAUAUGAAGUUGCCUCAAGGGUUCACUGUGGAAUCACCUUCUAGUUCUGGGCAGCCUUUUGUUUGA